AUGACUAAUCGGCUGACUGUUAUCAAAGCUAUAGUGGACAUGGGACCAUUGCUUUCCUCUCAACAUAUUGGCAUACUUCAAAAUGAAUUCACUCAGCAAGCGGUUAAAGAGACUUUCUUUGCUAUUUCUGGAAUGAAGGCGCCAGGGCCUGAUGGUUAUGGCAAUAAUGUGGGUGAUUUCAGACCUAUAGCUUGCUACAAUGUGAUAUAUAAGGCAACCACAAAGUUAAUUUGUUCAAGAUUGAGGAAGAUUUUGCCUGAUUUAGUAGUUGAAAAUCAAGGGGGUUUUGUUCGUGGAGGAUAUAUAGCUUACAAUAUUAUGGUUUGUCAAGAGUUGGUGCGUCAUUAUGGUAGGAAAAGUAGUAAACCCAGCUGUAUGAUAAAGAUUGAUUUGAGGAAAGCGUAUGACACGGUGGAAUGGGAUUUUAUAGAAGAAAUGCUAACUGCCUUUAAGUUCCCCCAGCCUUUUAUUGAUCUCAUCAUGAUGUGUAUUCAAACACCGAAGUUUUCUUUUAUGAUCAAUGGAAUAAUGCAUGGUUUUUUUUCUUCCAAGAGGGGUUUGUGUCAAGGAGAUUCGAUGUCGCCGUUAUUGGUUGUUCUUGGAAUGGAAUAUCUAUCUAGGAUUCUAGCUAAGGUUGGAAAGAUGGUAGGAUUUAAGUUCCACGAUAGUUGUGCGCCUUUGAGAUUGAAUCACUUGUGUUUUGCAGAUGAUCUUCUUUUAUUCUGUCAUGGUGAUUAUGUGUCUAUAUUAUUACCGCUGAGGGGGCUCACUUUGUUUUCUAAAACCUCUGGUCUUUUUCCUAAUGUUGCAAAAUCAGAUAUUUUCUGUAGUGGUAUGGCAGAUGCAGAAGUGAGAAGAGUGCUGGAAGUGUUGGGAUUCACGAGAAGUCGUUUACCUUUCAGAUAUCUAGGUGUCUCGAUUUGCUCCAAACGAAUCAGUUCUGCUAAGUGUGGGAUCAUCAUUGAUAAAAUGGUUCAGCAGAUUCGCUUGUGGAGCUUGCGGAAUCUCUCAUAUAUGGGACGAGUAACUCUUAUAAAUUCUAUUUUGUUUUCAAUUCAUUCUUAUUGGGCUCAAAUUAUGAUUUUGCCUAAGCUGUUGUUGAGGAAAUUGGAAGCUAUUUGUAGAUCUUUUCUUUGGAAAGGGAUAGCUGAUGGUUCAGGUCCAGGUCAAGUAGUGUGGGAGAGUAUCUAUUUGCCAAAAAUGGCUGGAGGCUUGGGAUUUCGUAAUGUUAUUAACUGGAAUACAGUAGCUAUGUCGAAAUAUGUUUGGGAGAUUGUUGCUAAAAAGGACACUCUUUGGGUUAAGUGGAUACACAAUGUUUACUUGUCUGCUGGGAUUGGGCAUUGGUGGAACUACACAGCCCCCCCUAAUUCAAGUUGGUAUUGGAGGAAGAUUGUAGCUAUAAAGGAUGUCAUUAAAGCUAAGAUUAACUUGAAUACCUUUAUCAUUAAAGGUUAUAGUAUUCAAUAUCGGUAUGUCUCUCUAUAUCCUUUUACUGAGCGCGUUCAAUGGAACAAAAAUGUUUGGGGAAGACUUAAUAUUCCUAAGCAUAGAUUCAUUUUCUGGCUUGCAAUGAAGGAGAAACUUUGUACCCGGGUUCAGAUUAGUAAAUAUAACCCAGCUAUUGAUCGUUCUUGUCUUUUGUGUGGUGAUCAAGAUGAGGAUGAGAAACACUUAUUCUUUGAGUGUUCUUAUAGCUGGAGUUGUCUUACUAGACUGAAAGCUUGGUUGAGAUGGAGCACUCGGGCUGAGAAUCUAGGCUGUUUACUGCAUUGGAUUGAUAAAGCAAAGCAAAUUAGCAAGGUGAGGAAGCAAAUCUAUACUGUGGUCCUGGCAGCUCUUGUUUACCACAUCUGGUUAGUCUGGAAUGAUGCUCUUUGGUCUCACAAAGUUUGGCAAAUUAACCAUACUGUACAGAGAAUUCAAAGUGAUGUUAAAUUUCGAAUAUAUCAUGUAAUGCCUAAGAAGGCCAAGAUUGUAGAUAGAGAUUGGUUUGAGCAUAUAUGUUGCAUCGUUGACCAAGCAACUGCAACAAAAUUCUAUGGCCACUCAAGUCAUGCAAAUCCAAGCGAAACUCGCUCAUCCAUCAGGAAUCUUGAGAUGCGAGUUGGUAAAUUGGAAAAUAUGUUACAAAGUAGGUCUCAAAGAAAUUUUCCAAGUAAUAUAGAGGUGAAUCCUAAAGAGCGGUGCAUUGCAAUCUCUUUGAAGAGUGGGAAGAAGUUGGAAGAGUCAGUCGAGAAGUCUAUACAUGCACCAAAAGUUGAUGUUGAGAAUGAGGAUAUGGAGGAAGAUGCAAACAUUCCCAUUAUUUUGGGAAGACCAUUCUUAGCCACAAGGAGAGCACUAAUUGAUGUACAAAAGGGGGAGUUGAAGCUGCGAGUGCAAAACGAAGAGGUAACAUUUAAUGUUUUUGCAGCAACUGAUAUUUCAACUUGUUGUAGAGUGGAUGUGGUAUGUAGUGGUGGUAGUAAUUUGGAAAUCACAAAGAAAAAAACCAAUGCUGAAAUUGGUAGUCGAGCAGUUUGUCAUUGUUUGAAACAGUUCUAUAGUGGGAAGGCUCGAAGGCUACACGAGCGGUGGAAGGCACAGACGAUUAGCAACAUCAAAAGAUGA